CCACUUCCAGCUCCUGGGAAAGGCAGAGCAAGGGAUGGCUGACUCCAAAGCCCACCCUCUAAUGUCCUCAGUCUAGACUCCAGCCCGUGCCUGCUCUGAGCCCCCCUCCAGAGGCACCCCCAGCACUUCCACAGCACAGCCUCUAGCCUCCAGCUGGCAGCUGCUAGGACCCAGGGGUCUGGUGCCAGGCCCUGCCCCUCCCUUGCCAGCUCUGUGUGUCUCUAAAGGGCAACAUCAGAGUGACAGUCAGUACCAUCUCCAGCAGGAACUGAGUUGCUGGGGCAGAGGAGAGAGCCGCAGUCUCAGCCUUGCACUCCUCCAUGGGGCCAGCCAAGCCCGCAAGAGGAUGGCAGCCUGGGCGUCGGAGCCAGCGCCUGGGCAGCCUAUGAGGUGAGGGGCCAGCAGAGCAAGAGACGGGUGAUGGGAACGGGGGGAGGGGGAGACGCUCCAUUUCGCUCUCUGCAUCCCAGCACAGGGUGAAGCCUGAACGCCCGAAUGGCCAACACUACAGGGCUGAACGCCACAGAAGUCGCAGGCUCGAUGGGGUUGAUCCUGGCUGCUGUCGUGGAGGCAGCAGCAGUGCUGGGCAAUGGCGCGCUGCUGGUCGUGGUGCUGCGCACGCCAGGACUGCGCGACGCCCUCUACCUGGUGCACCUGUGCAUCGUGGAUCUGCUGGCGGCCGCCUCCAUCAUGCCGCUGGGCCUGCUGGCCGCGCCGCCGCCCGGGCUGGGCCGCACGCGCCUGGGCCCCGCGCCCUGCCGCGCCGCGCGCUUCCUCUCGGCUGCGCUGCUGCCCGCCUGUACACUCGGUGUGGCCGCGCUUGGCUUAGCGCGCUACCGUCUCAUAGUGCACCCGCUGCGGCCCGGCGCGCGGCCUCCGCCCUCCCUUGUGCUCACUGCCGUCUGGGCCGUGGCGGGGUUGAUGGGCGCGCUCUCCUUGCUCGGGCCGCCGCCCGCACCGCCCCCUGCCCCAGCUCGCUGCUCGGUCCUGGCCGGGGGCCUCGGGCCCUUUCGGCCGCUUUGGGCGCUGCUGGCCUUCGCGCUGCCUGCCCUCCUUCUGCUUGGCGCCUAUGGCAGCAUCUUCCUUGUGGCGCGCCGCGCCGCCCUGCGGCCCCCGCUGCCAGCGCGAGGGUCCCGGCUGCGCUCCGACUCUCUGGAUAGCCGCCUCUCCAUCUUGCCGCCCCUCCGGCCUCGCCUGCCUGGGGCCAAAGCAGCCCUGGCCCCAGCGCUGGCCGUGGGCCAGUUCGCAGCCUGCUGGCUGCCUUACGGCUGUGCGUGCCUGGCGCCCGCUGCGCAGGCCGCAGCGGCCGAAGCGGCCGUCACCUGGGUAGCCUAUUCGGCCUUCGCGGCUCACCCAUUUCUGUACGGCCUGCUGCAGCGCCCCGUGCGCAGGGCGCUGGGCCGCCUCGCCCGCGAAGCACUGCCCCGACCCCCGCGAGCCUGCACUCCACGGGCGUGGCACCCGCGGGCCCUCUUGCAGCACCUCCAGGGACCUACAGAGGGCCCUGCCCUAGGCCCUUCUGAGGCACUAAAACAAGCUCCAGAUUUGGCAGGAAGGGAGAGCCUGAGAAGGCCAGAGACCACCUGAGAGAUCUGUCUCCCAAGCUGAGCUGGGACUGGAGAACGGAGGGCAGUACCAGAAGGAGCCC